GAUUUGAACGGUAAGCAGAGUGUGUUCACAACACCUGUCGGGAGCUGGUUUAACUACUGUAUUACUUGGUCACUCGCCUCGAGGAGCACCAACCUGUAUCUGGAUGGUAACUUGAUAGGCACAGGUACAACCGACUCUGAAAGAACACUGAAAAUGGGAGGAACUCUGUUCUUCAAUAGACUUUCUUACAGUCCAAGUUCUAGUUACAUUUUCGGAGGGCAGAUUUACCAGUUCAACAUAUUCUCUGAGGCACUCAGCUCGGCCGAUGUAAAGAAAAUAGCGGAAGGUGGGCUGUGUAUGGACCUUACAGAAUUCUCUGGAACUGGGGAUCUGCGAUGGGAAUACAUACUGUCCCAGUCCAGGAGCGGUUCUGUGAGAGAGGUAGAGAUAGAGAUUGAUGAUAAUGAUAUGGUGGAGUGUUUAAAAACCCUAUUAAAGAGGUCACAAGAAGAGCUGGCCAAUGUUACUGGAAGGUUGAACGAAACAGAGAGUCAACUUAGUGAGACGGAGGUGAAACUUGAGACAGUAACCGGAAUACAAAAUACCACUCGGGAAGAGCUAGAAGCUGUGAGAGGUGAACUGAACUCUACUGAGGAGAAGCUAGAUGUGGUCAGCAGUGAUCUCAACAAAACAGAAGCUACAAUGGAAUCGGUAAUCGGACAGCUGAAUUCCACCCAGGAGGAACUGAAUACCACUCGGGAAGAGCUAGGAGCUGUGAUAGGUAAACUGAACUCGACUGAGGAAAAGCUGGAUGUGGUCAGCAGUGAUCUCAACAAAACAGAAGCUACAAUGGAGUCGGUAAUCGGACAGCUGAAUUCCACCCAGGAGGAACUGAAUAUCACUCGGGAAGAGCUUGGGACAGUUAAAAGUGAACUGAAUUCCACCCAAGAAGAACUGCAGACAGAGUCAGCUCAGCACAACAAGACAGGAGAGCAGCUGGAUACCUGCUCAACUUCCCUAACAAGCACACUGACCCAGCUGGAGACCGCCAGAACAUUCCACAACAUCACCAGGUGGGAUGUCCUAUACACCACUCCCUACUACAAGAAAGUGCUCACAGAGGAAUUGUUCCAGCAAUUAUCUUCUAGUUGGGGAAUGUUGGGGAAGUUUGUAGGUGUGAAUAUAACAGAGGGUGUUGUCGACCACUUCCGCCAGUACCACAAAGAACCCGUGUGCGACGUCUUCGAGCAAGUCUCAUAUCCAAUGUUUAAACAAUUUGAAGGACUUGAAUGGACUAGAGGUAUAAGUGAUCAUCUCAGAGACACUCACUUGGUGAGUGGUGAUCAAGACUCGCCCUGUCAGAGCGAUACGGAGAGCGAUACGGAGAGCUAACUUACCAAGCGUAAUACCGGACACGUGCCAUUUAGUGCUUUUUAAAAGGCAUGAUUUAUAUCCCCGAAAAGAAG